AGUGUACAUUUGGUACCAAAACUGAUCUGAGUCUACUGUUUCUAAAUCUUGAUUUCAGUGACAACUACUGUAAAAGCAAAGCUGAACAUUGUGCUGUGUGGAAAUAAUCCAACACUCAAAAACUCUGUGUCUAAAAUGUUUAGAGGUAUAACAAGUAAAUCUCAGAAAGAGAUGAGUAAAGUGUGUGUGAAGAAAGAGGGCAAGAUUCAUGGACGGCAGAUCAGUGUAAUAGAGCUUCCAGCUCUCACUCGGCUCUCAGAGGAGGAAGUGUUGCGGGAGACUCUCCACUGUAUGUCUCUCUGUGAUCCUGGAGUUCAUCUUUUCAUCCUUGUUACUCCUGUCUGUCCACUUAAUAAUGAAGACAGAGCAGAAAUGGAGAAGAUUAAAGGAAUACUUAACUCUAAUGAGCACUUCAUGUUGCUUUUCAUUACUGAACUUGACCAAAGUGUCAGAGAUUUUGUGAGUCUCUAUGGGAGUUGGCACAGUCUUAUGGGGUUAAAGGACCAGAGAAGCUCAGAAAAGAUAUCAGACCUGUUUGAUCGUAUUGACAGCAUGAAGAUUGAACCCUAUUCGCUUCAGAUGCACAUAAGAGCUCCAGAGAAGAGAGUCAGACAUGAACUAGAGGAGCAACUGAGAGUGAGAGAUAAUGAAGUCAAAGAGUUACAGAAGAAGAUCAAGACACUGGAGGGUGUGAAGCUGAAUCUGGUUGUGUGUGGGAGUAACAGAGAAUUAAAAUCCUUCAUAUCAAACCUGAUCCUGAAGCAGAGCGAGGAGAAGAUCAGAGCUGAGCUCAGAGUGUGUGAGGAGAGACGUGGAGCUUGAUGGACGUCUGAUCAGUCUGGUGGAGCUUCCAGCUCUGUUCAACACUCAGCUCUCAGAGGAGGAAGUGAUGCGUCACACUCACCGCUGUGUGUCUCUCUGUCAUCCUGGAGUUCAUGUGUUCAUCCUCAUCAUUCCUGAUGCUCCACUGACUGAUGAAGACAAAGCAGAAAUAGAGGAGAUCCAGAGGAUCUUCAGCUCAAGAAUCAACAAACACAUCAUGAUCCUCAUAAAGCAGAACCCAGAGAGACAGACAGAAAA